UACAGGAGAUGACCAGAGACUGCGGACAUAGUACAGGAGGUGACCAGAGACUGCAGACAUAGUACAGGAGAUGACCAGAGACUGCAGACAUAGUACAGGAGAUGACCAGAGACUGCGGACAUAGUACAGGAGAUGACCAGAGACUGCAGACACAGUACAGGAGAUGACCAGAGACUGCAGACACAGUACAGGAGAUGACCAGAGACCGUGGACAGUACAGGGGAUGACCAGAGACUGCGGACAGUACAGGGAUGACCAGAGACUGUGGACAGUACAGGAGAUGACCAGAGUCUGUGGACAGUACAGGGAUGACCAGAGACUGUGGAUAGUACAG